ACGCCAGUCGCCAAGCGUAGCCGGGAGGUGGCAGAUUGGAAGGUGUCGCACUGCUGCAGCACAUGGUUCAAUCCAGAGCUCUGCAAAAGGGCUGCACCUCUCUCUCUCCUCGCCUUUCUGCUGCAUGGUCGAGGCCAGCUAGUACUCAGGACGCAAACCUCGCCCACCGCACCACGGCUUAGCCUGCGGGCGUUGAAGCUGUGCAUGUUAUGCACAACAAAGUACAUAAGGGUUGAAUGUGUACCGCCUAACAGCAAUGGCAAGCCCGCGGCGAUCAAUAAUGAUGUCCUACAUACUUGUGGCGGUCCUAGUACUCCUUUGCCAGUCGGACAUUCUCUGCAAAAAUAUCAACUCUUUCGCGGGCCCUUACAUAGUUUACAACGAACGGUUCUACAUGUCUGAACUAAAAAAUCGCACGUUUCUGUGGAAAUGGAAUUUACAUGCUACUCGCUUCAAUCCAUAUAAGCCAAGAGAAAUUCAACUACUAACCGGCAACGUGACGGGAGUAAAUGUGUCUAUUGAUGACAACUGCUGGGCAAAAGUAAUAUUAGACACCUGGAAAAAUAACCAAUGGAAAGAAAACGCUUUUGUCAUUUUUGUGAAAGACAAAGCAUGCACGCACGGGAAAAUAAAUUUGCCUGGCUUUUAUGAACAGUUAUUUAAGAAAAGAGAAACUAAAGGUGCGUGCAUAGUGAAACCUGGAGUUUACGAACUGAAAAACGCACCAGUUAAAUUGGCAUUUCCAAAUUUUCCAAUCAUGCCUUACGGACGCUAUAGGUUCAAAUUGACGGUAGGCAGGACUGAAUUAUACACAUGCAUGGUGUCAGAAGUUACGAUAAUUCCGAAAAUGGAUUAAUGCACAACAAUGUGUAUCAAGUUUAGAGCCGAAAGUGAAAUAACAUUCGCCAUCAGCUUUUGUGUCGGGGUCCAAAUAAAAUGGUAAAACUGUAAAUAA